UCAGGGCUCAGAGUGCCUACGUUUUUCUUCCUUUCGAAGCUCGAAUUGAGAACAAGUACGUUUGAGCUAUUGGGGGCAAACUGGGCCUAAGCAAACAAGGGUCCAUUGAGAAACAAUGACCGAAACGGCAUUGGGGCAGUGCGUUGCUACUUGCUUUCCGAGGAAAACAGCGAGUGCCCGCUUGCCUCUCUCUGCCGUUCCUUGGUUGGUUGGUAAAAACAGAAAAACUAGGAAAGAAGUAGACAAGUAUUGGAGGGAAAAAGAAGAGAGCGAGCCAAGGAGAGAGUAAGAGCAAUGCCAGUGGCAAAACCAGAAUCGUGUGAUUCGAGGGUGAUUGCUCAUAUCGACAUGGACUGCUUCUAUGUUCAAGUGGAGCAAAGAAAGCAACCGCAAUUACGGGGUUUGCCUACUGCAGUUGUACAGUACAAUGAAUGGAAAGGAGGCGCUUUGAUUGCUGUCAGCUAUGAGGCACGUAAAUUCGGGGUGAAGCGCUCAAUGCGUGGUGAGGAAGCAAAGGAGGUUUGCCCACAAAUUCAUCUGGUCCAAGUUCCUGUAGCCCGUGGUAAAGCUGAUCUGAAUGGUUAUCGGAAUGCAGGCUCCGAGGUGGUAUCCAUCCUUGCAAGGAGAGGUAGAUGUGAAAGGGCUUCCAUUGAUGAAGUUUAUCUUGAUCUUACUGAUGCAGCAGAAACAAUGCUAGCAGAAGCUCCUCCACAGCAUUUGGAGGCAAUAGAUGAGGAAGCUCUUAAGUCACAUAUUCUAGGGCUCAAUAAUGAGGAUGGGAGUGAUGUGAAAGAAAAUGUUAGGAAUUGGAUACAUAGGUGCAAUGCUGAUCACCGUGAUAAGUUACUAGCUUGUGGGAUCCUCAUUGUUGCAGAACUUAGGAUGCAGGUUUUAAAGGAGACAGAAUUCACUUGUUCUGCAGGCAUUGCUCAUAAUAAGAUGCUGGCCAAACUUGCAAGUGGUAUGAAUAAACCUGCACAACAAACUGUUGUGCCUUUCUCAUCUGUACAAGGAUUGCUCAAUUCCUUGCCAAUAAGGAAAAUGAAACAGCUUGGAGGCAAGCUGGGAAUGUCCUUACAAAUUGACAUGGGUGUGAACACUGUUGGAGAUCUAUUGCAAUUUUCAGAGGAGAAGCUUCAAGAACGUUAUGGCUUAAAUACUGGUACUUGGCUAUGGAAUAUUGCAAGAGGAAUCAAUGGAGAAGCAGUUGAGGGACGCCUUCUCCCCAAGAGCCAUGGUUCUGGAAAGACAUUUCCUGGCCCUCGUGCACUAAAGACAGUUUCUGCAGUGCAACACUGGCUUAAUCAACUUUGCGAAGAACUCAGCGAACGGCUUUGCUCUGACCUAGACCAAAACAAGAGGAUAGCACACACUUUAACUCUGCAUGUUAGAGCAUACAAGUCCAGUGACUCAGAUUCACAGAAAAAGUUCCCCUCAAAAUCUUGUCCACUAAGGUAUGGGACUGCCAAGAUCCAGGAAGAUGCCUUCAACCUAUUUCAAGCUGGAUUGCGCGAAUACAUAGGAUUGUAUGGUGGUAAGUCUGAAGGAAGUCACUACAGUGGAUGGGGGAUAACAUCUCUUUCUGUUUCAGCCAGUAAAAUUGUCCCCAUACCAUCUGGAACAUGUUCAAUUGCGAAAUAUUUUCAUUGGCAAACUUCAUCCCACUUUUCUUCAAUACAAUCACCGGAGAACCUCAGAAUGGAUGCAACGCAUUUGUCACCCCCAGGUAAUGAAAGCUACUCAGAGGUGAAUUUACCUGAACCAAAAAUUGAUUUUCCAGGGGAAGAAAGCUGGAUUGAGGAUACUAUCCCUGGUUUGGGUCUACAAGAACAGAAAAUAAAUGUCUGGAAAGAUGAGGAUCUAGCUUGCUUUCCAUCAAAGAAGAAAGAAGAUGGCUUGACCGAGGAUACUUCACCAUUGUUACUCUCAGGAACUCAGGGGUGCUUGGAACAGAACCAGAAUAAACAGCAAAGAGAGUUCUCUAAGGAUGAAAGUCGGUUUAAGUCAGAAUACAGGGAGCAAAAAGGAACAAGAUUGAAUAACAAGGGAACAUCUUCAAUUUUGAAAUUUUUUAAGAGCUGCAAUCCCUCUGGCGCUUCGUUGUCCCAAGAGCACGAUAAAACUGUCCAAGGCACCGAUGCUCAAUUAACCAACGGUGCAGGUUUUCAGUCCAGAGGUCAUAGCCUUGCAGAACUUAAUGAAGUUGAAGUAGCAGAGGAGAAUGAGAGGAGCAGUUGCAGUUACAUUAGAGAUCAGGAUGAACGGAGAAGGGAAGCAUGGAGUUACAACAUCGAUGAAAUUGACCCAUCUGUGAUUGAUGAAUUGCCAACAGAGAUCCAAGAUGAAAUUCAAGCCUGGCUGCAGCCUCGAAAGCGGCCUAAUAAUAUAGUCAAGCGAGGACCUAAAGCUUGUUGACAGUUUCGAGCUGGCCAAGGUAGAAAGGCACUUUGUGUCUUGUGCAUUCAAAAGCCUGAGCAUGCGUCGUUUUCUCAACCUAGGAGCUCGUGCCUGGAGAGUCUCAGGCAGACCGAAAGUUAGUAUAGUAUUUAAGAUGGUGUGUUUGCAGGUUGCAUUGUAUAUGCUACAUGUCAUAGGUCAACUGCAAAGUGCUAACUAUAUAUAUGGAAAAAUCCUAGACAUUGGAGAGAGACUGCUUCGUCACCUGCAUGCAGACCGUAGUUAAUAAAUGACAAAUUGUUUUCUUCUGUUGUUGCUGAUAGCUGCGACUCUUGACUGCAAAUGAGGGCAUGUCUACUUGCAGUUAAUCUUUCCCUGAAACGAACUCUAACCCUGAAGCUGCAUGUGCCUUAAGAAGCUCAAAAUGAAGGCAUAUAUGCACAGGACAAGAGUGUUGAGAAGAGAUGUAUUUCAACUGUUUUUGCGCUCACCGUCGCCUAUCUGGGUCCUCUCACUAUGCUUUCUUUCUAAUUCAAGGAACAAGUCCAUCCGGUAAAUUGAAUUCUAAGUUAAAUUAUGCAAUGAGUGGGAAAUCCUUUGGACCAGAGUGGUGUUAUGGAAACUAGUAAAGUGCAACGGAAAGAGAAAGUUCAACCAGUCAUACUGCCAAGGAAGGGCGACGGUACUCCGCCCAGUUGCAGGGGGUAGCAGAAGGAUGAGGAUUGGCGACUCAUGUAGCCAAAUGGCGGGGUGGGUGGCGGCUGAAGCCUGAAGCCUCUUUCUUUGGCGUUCACACAUUUGCAUUGAAGUCUGUCAAUCCCAAAUACACUUUAUUUCGCUUAGCUUGUGACAACACACUCACUGGAUUUGGCAUUUGACAAGGAAAAAUUUCUUGGUGCUAACAACGUACGUUGCGUUGUGCACAUAUUUAUCUCGUGUCUGCAAGAUAAUAUAUUGCAAAAUCUUGCAAUCAA